GCUCCAAUUGCAAUCUAUACCCUCAGCCCCAACCCUCAAAUAGCGGAAACAUAAGUUUUUAAUGUCAAGAACACCCAGUGCUUAUCCUUCACGCGCUGGUACACCCAGCUUAAAAGACUUAGUUCAAGGCGUCAUGCGUCACUUUAAGCACGAAAAAGAGUCUGAGGCUCACCAGAUCUUCCGUCAACAAGCUGGUCAUCAGCCCAAAGGAAUUCUUCCAGAAACAAUCAACCCUGAUGAGGAAACGGUGCCAGGGAUCGAACACCCUGGAAGCACAGGUGUUAUCUAUUGCUCCGAUCGUGCGAUGGCAAAUGGCUUCAGCUACGCCAACUCACACGAAUGGGCCAACCUCGGCCAAGGCGCUCCUGAAGUAGGACCCCUCCCAAAUGCCCCCCCACGACCCACCUCCAUUCCCAUGCCGGUUGACUCUUUGGAGUACGCUCCCACCACAGGUGUCAAAGCUCUCCGUGAGGCCGUCGCACACCUUUACAACCACACUUAUCGCAAAGGAAAGGAGAGUCAGUACACGUAUGAGAAUGUCUGCAUUGUUCCAGGAGGACGUGCCGGGCUCUCUCGUGUAGCUGCCGUUAUCGGAGACGUUUACUGCUCUUACCAAAUUCCCGAUUAUACCGCCUAUGAUCAGGUCUUGAGUGCUUUCAAGCGUCUGGUUCCGGUCCCCACUGCCUUGGAGCCUGAGACCAAGUAUAAGUUGGAUAUUAAACAGACCAAAAAAGACAUCCAAACCCAAGGUCUGGCGGUCAUCAUCGCUUCAAACCCUCGAAACCCAACAGGUCAAGUCAUUGCAGGAAAAGAUCUCAAAGAACUCGUCUCCCUCAGCAGAGAAAGCACCACUCUUAUCUUAGAUGAGUUCUAUUCUUGGUACAUGUACCCUGAAAAGGAGGCGGACUUUGGCAAGUCCGUAUCUUCUGCCGAGUAUAUUGAAGACGUGAACCAGGACUCUGUUAUCAUCAUCGAUGGUCUCACCAAGAACUGGCGCCUUCCUGGUUGGCGUGUAUGCUGGGUUAUUGGACCCAAAAACUUGGUAACGGCUCUCUCCCAGUCUGGCUCUUUCUUGGAUGGUGGUGCCAACCACCCCAUGCAGCUCGCUGCCAUCGAGCUUCUCGAGCCUAGCCGAGUAGCAGUGGAGAAGAUCGCUCUUCAGCGACAUUUCAAAGUUAAACGUGACCAUAUCCUCAAGCGUCUCCACGACCUUCACCUUGAUGUAGACAUACCGCCCAUGGCCACGUUCUACAUCUGGCUUAACCUAGAGAAGCUUCCAGCGCCUUUGAACAACGGCCUAACGUUCUUCGAAGAGCUCUUGAAAGAGCAAACUAUUGUUAUUCCUGGUAUCUUCUUUGAUAUCAACCCUUCUCACCGCAGGAACUUGUUCAACUCCCCUUGUCACCACUUCGUGCGCCUGUCCUUCGGACCUCCCAUUGAAGAUCUGGACAAGGGUAUUGACGCAAUCGCGAGAGUGCUCCAAAGAGCACGUAAGGAAGGCACGCGCCAUUUAGGCCACAGCUAUAAGAAGAGCUUGGACUCCACCGGCGAAACUAUAUAGACAAUGUAUAAAGAUUUUAGUGUGCAUAAAUAAAUGUAACAUAGACCCGUGAUAUAUAGUACAUCGAGAUGAUACCUUCUACUAUGUGUACUUUUGUGCAAUCAACCAAUAUAUGGUGUUAAAGAGGUUUCCUGAUGAUGACCACUGAGUUUUACAAUGUGCUGCUCUGCGAGAUAAGCCAUGAACAAGGCCAGUAUGUCGGUGAUGUAUAAAGUACUCGUGCAAGAGGGAGCAUGCAAGUUGUGUUCAUAGAGAAGGAUCAAAGGGUGCAAACACAGUUUUGAAAGCUUGAGCAUCAGCUUUAUCGUCUUCCUCAGGUAGCAUACAAGCCUUCCAGUCAAAGCGAUCGGGAAUCCCAAGGACCGAUACUAGUACCUGCCUCCCAAACUGAAUACUAAAUGGUACACCAUCCUUCAUGAGAUGUACCAUUUUUCGCCCAUCUGGCAAAUCCACACGGAAAUAGCUUCGCGUGCCUCCUGUACAUGCAUUCAAUGCACCCUCCGCAUCCCCUUCGAAAUCGAUCCCCGUAGCACGACCCUCGUUCAAAAACGCUUCUUCCACUUUAUCUUUCAGUCUGAGAGGGACGGGUACAGCUUGUACAUGUGCAUGUCCGCCCUUAGUACUCAGUCGUCCGACCUCAAAGAAGACGGCCGCACAGCUGUGUUUGGCAAACAACCCGCGAAGAGCAGUCUUGUAUUUUUCAGUUUCUUCAAUAAUGGGAGGUGCUAUGUCCGCUGGCAUGGUAGUAUACGUGGGGUGGUGUGUAAUGGGAACGAUGAGAACAUGGCCCCCUCCAGGUAUCGUCGGUAAACUAGGAUGCUCUGAGGCCGUCUUUGUAGGGACAAUUUGACCUUUUGGUAGUGUCAAAUAACAUUCAGACCCGAUAGAAACGAUGAGGUGUUUCGCAAUAUCCGGAUUCGAUAAACAGAACCAACAUUCCCCAGGCCCGAUCUCCUUGGGAGGGGCCCGUCGACCGCGACUACCACCCUGUGAUGGUUGCUGAUUUGCAACGGGACAGUCUUGUAUAAAGUGGGCUCCGCUACCGCAUGCGCGGCAAACAUAACCUUCACGAGGUUUGCGACCACCUGUAUCUCCAACAGCAUUACGAGUGGGACAAUCACGGACAAGGUGACCAGG